UCUGAAGCAUUUCAGCUCCCUAGCAGGAUGGCUUCGCAGUGAUGAUCUCGUCUGGGCAGUGAAUAUUAUUGAGACGGGAAGGUGGAUAUACUGGUGGCAGUGAAUCGGAUAACAUUCACCCGGGGAGAUCGCUGGGAGAGGAGUGUCACAUUGUGCUGCAGCAUUCCUCGUGUUGCUGUGACCUCUGAUCAUAGACAUGGGGAGCCGGGAAGAGGAGCGCCGAAAGCUGGCCGACAUCAUCAACCACUGGAACGCCAACCGGCUCGACCUGUUCGAGAUCAGCCAACCCACCGAGGAUUUGGAAUUCCAUGGAGUUAUGAGAUUUUACUUCCAAGAUAAAGCUGCAGGAAACUUUGCAACAAAAUGCAUCAGAGUCUCCAGUACAGCCACAACACAGGAUGUCAUAGAAACUUUGGCUGAAAAGUUCCGUCCAGACAUGAGGAUGUUGUCCGCACCUAGAUAUUCUUUAUAUGAGGUUCACGUGAGCGGAGAAGAAAGAAGACUUGAUGUUGACGAAAAGCCUCUGGUAGUUCAGCUUAACUGGAACAAAGAUGACAGGGAAGGACGGUUUGUGCUCAAGAACGAAAAUGACAUUCUACCACCGAAGAAAGCUCAGACUAAUGGACCUGAGAAACAGGAAAAGGAAGGCGUAAUACAGAAUUUCAAGAGGACACUUUCCAAAAAGGAAAAGAAGGAGAAGAAAAGACGUGAAAAAGAGGCAAUAAAGCUGGCAACAGAUGGAGAAGAUGGACCUCAACUGCAUGAAGACACUGAGAACUCACGGCUGGCUGCAGAAGUUUACAAAGACAUGCCAGAAACCAGCUUUACCCGCACAAUAUCCAAUCCAGAAGUAGUUAUGAAGCGACGAAGACAACAGAAGCUAGAAAAGAGGAUGCAGGAGUUUCGGAGCUCGGAUGGCCGACCAGACUCUGGUGGGACAUUAAGAAUUUAUGCUGACAGCCUAAAGCCAAACAUUCCGUACAAAACUAUCCUGUUGUCAACAAAUGAUACAGCAGAUUUUGCAGUAAUUGAAGCACUUGAAAAAUAUGGUAUGGAAAAGGAAAAUCCCAGGGACUUCUGCAUUGCUAGGGUAAUGUUACCACCUGGUGGCCAGCAUUCAGACAAAGGUUUGAAAGAAGCCAUUCUGGAUGAUGAUGAAUGCCCUCUACAAAUAUUCCGUGACUGGUCAAGUGAUAAAGGAGAACUUGUGUUUCAGUUGAAAAGAAGACCGCCAGAUUACCUCUCAAAGAAAAACCGGAAACUUGAGGGCAAACCAUCAAAGGGCAAAGAAAGGUCGGAUGCCUAUGGUUACUCUCUUUCACCAGAUAAACUGCCCUACUUGGUAGAAUUAAGUCCAGGCAGAAGGAACCACUUUGCCUACUACAACUUUCAUUCUUGUGAAGAUGGGUCAGACUCUAGAGAUAAGCCAAAGCUCUAUCGUCUUCAGCUAAGUGUCACUGAAGUUGGAACUGAGAAACUUGAUGAGAAUUCAAUACAGUUGUUUGGCCCAGGUGUCCAGCCCCAUCACUGCGAUCUUACAAAUAUGGAUGGAGUAGUUACAGUCACCCCAAGAAGUAUGGAUGCUGAUACUUUUGUUGAUGAUCAGCGUAUCACUGAAACUACCAUGUUACACAGUGGGGUGAAGGUGCAGUUUGGCUCAUCACAUGUUUUUAAAUUUGUGGAUCCCAAUCAUGACCAGUUGCUGGGUAAAAGACCAUCAGAUGCUGGACAGAUGUUUAGAGGACAAAGGGGCAAGAUGGGGGUUCAGGAAACCACAUUUGGCCUGGAAGGAGAUGUGCUUAGUGGCUCUUCGCUGCAGUCCAAUAAGGGCUCUAGUAAGUUGGACAGUGAUAAAAUGGCAAGCUCUACAGAACGUGGCAUGGUAAAACCAAUGAUACGUUCAGAUAAGCAGCAGGAAUACCGUAGUCUGGAUGGCAGGCCUCAUGAUGCUCACGGACCAGAGCAUGUAUUACCUGCAAGCAUCGAGUUUAGAGAAAACUCGGAAGACUCUUUCCUGUCCGCCGUCAUCAAUUACACGAAUAGUUCCACUGUGCACUUCAAACUGUCUCCUACCUAUGUGUUAUACAUGACCUGCCGGUAUGUAUUGUCCAGUCAGUACAGACCAGACAUCAGUCCUACUGAGCGAACUCACAAAGUAAUCGCCAUUGUGAACAAGAUGGUGAGCAUGAUGGAAGGUGUGAUACAGGAAAUAGACCAGGGUGACCAGAAGCAAAAAAACAUCGCUGGAGCACUUGCAUUCUGGAUGGCAAAUGCAUCAGAGUUGCUCAAUUUUAUUAAACAAGAUCGGGAUCUCAGCCGUAUCACGUUGGAUGCUCAAGAUGUUUUGGCACAUUUAGUCCAAAUGGCUUUCAAGUAUUUGGUGCACUGCCUCCAGUCAGAACUAAGCAAUUUUAUGCCAGCAUUUUUAGACGAUCCAGAGGAGAACAACCUACAAAGGCCAAAAAUAGAUGAUGUCCUACAUACCCUGACUGGAGCUAUGUCUCUUCUGCGGCGCUGUCGAGUGAAUGCAGCACUUACCAUUCAGCUCUUCUCUCAGCUUUUCCACUUCAUCAAUAUGUGGCUUUUUAACCGACUAGUCACUGAUCCGGACUCUGGAUUAUGUUCUCACUACUGGGGUGCAAUUAUACGCCAGCAACUGGCUCACAUAGAGGCUUGGGCUGAAAAACAGGGCCUGGAGCUUGCUGCUGACUGCCACCUUAGCAGGAUAGUGCAGGCAACAACGCUACUUACCAUGGACAAGUACUCUCAUCAAGAUAUCCCUAACAUUAACAAUACUUGCUUUAAACUGAACUCCUUGCAGCUGCAUGCUUUAUUGACGAAUUACCACUGUGCACCAGAUGAACCUUAUAUUCCUACGGAACUGAUUGAGAAUGUAGUAUCUGUUGCUGAAAACACUGCUGAUGAAUUGGCACGUAGUGAUGGACGCGAAGUUCAGUUGGAGGAGGAUCCUGAUUUGCAGUUGCCUUUUCUUUUGCCCGAGGAUGGCUACUCAUGUGACGUGGUUCGGAACAUUCCCAAUGGUUUACAGGAAUUCUUGGACCCAUUAUGCCAAAGAGGCUUCUGCAGACUUAUUCCUCAUACCCGUUCACCUGGGACAUGGACUAUUUUCUUUGAAGGUGCUGAUUAUGAGAAUCAUAUGCUAAGUGAGAGUGCUGAUAUGACUUUAAGAAAAGACCCUGAAAUAAUCACUGUGACGCUGAAGAAGCAGAAUGGCAUGGGUCUAAGUAUUGUUGCCGCAAAGGGUGCCGGACAAGAAAAACUUGGCAUCUACAUAAAGUCAGUUGUCAAAGGAGGUGCAGCAGAAGUGGAUGGCCGUCUUACAGCAGGAGACCAGCUCCUCAGUGUGGAUGGAAGAAGUUUGGUGGGGCUGUCCCAAGAAAGGGCUGCUGAACUGAUGACAAGAACAGGUUCAGUUGUGACGCUUGAGGUAGCAAAACAGGGAGCAAUAUACCAUGGCUUGGCUACACUACUAAACCAGCCAUCUCCUUUAAUGCAAAGAGAUCGCCGUGGCUCAGGGAAACCUCGACCAAAGAGUGAAGGGUUUGAGCUUUAUAAUAACACUGCUCAGAAUGGGUCUCCAGAAAGCCCCCAAAUGGCUUGGCCAGAAUACUCGGAACCAAAGAAAUUACCUGGGGAUGACCGUCUAUUGAAAAAUCGUGCUGACCAUCGAUCCAGCCCCAAUGUAGCAAAUCAGCCUCAAAGUCCAAGUGGAAAAGCUGCAUAUGCCAGUAGCUCAACAGUCAAGAUCACAUCGGUAUCUACAGGGAACUUGUGUGCUGAGGAACCACCACCUCCAGCAAGACCUGAGGCAUAUCCCAUUCCUACACAAACUUAUACCAGAGAAUAUUUUACUUUUCCAACCCCCAAAUCUCAAGAUCGCAUGGCACCUGCACAAAGUCAAUGGCCAGACUAUGAGGAAAAAGCUCAGGUCCAAAUUGGAAGCCAUCAUUCUAGCAAUACCUCAGUCCAAAGAAUUGCUCAUUCCCAAGAGGAGUUGAGAGAUGAUCAGGGAUUUCCUUCAGAUCGAGGUCGCCUAGAGCCUUUGUUACGAAAAGAUAUGGAGUAUUUGGACAGGAAAGUGGAUGGUAAAGAUGGCUGGAUGAACCAAAGCUCUUCCGUGGAAUCUAGUACAUCUAGCCAAGAGCACUUGAACAAUUCCAUUAAAACUUAUUCUUCUGCAUCAUCAUUAAACAAAUCUGGGCCUGGGCGCUGGAAAACACCAAUUGCAUCUCAGCCUGCACCAGUUGCUGUUUCUCAGCCUAUAAGAACAGAUCUACCACCACCACCUCCUCCUCCUCCAGUGCAUUAUGGAGGAGAAUGUGAAGGAAUCCCUGUUGAUUUGCCACUUCCACCUCCACCAUCACAAAGUCAGUUGGGACCACAGUUAAAUACUCAAGCAGCAGUGGAAAGAAAAAAAAGAGAGGAACAUCAAAGAUGGUAUGAGAAGGAGAAAGCCCGCUUGGAAGAAGAAAGAGAGAGGAAAAGGCGUGAACAAGAAAGAAAGCUUGGGCAAAUUCGACCUCAGGUUCCUGCUACCCCACAGCCCAUGUUGCCACAGCCUCAAACAGCAGCCCCACCUCCUAACCUUCCACAACCAAGACCAGAAAAACCUGCAACUCUUCCCCGCCCCCAAGAAACAGUCAUAAGGGAGCUGCAACCUCAGCAGCAGCCACGCACAAUAGAGAGAAGGGAUCUUCAAUACAUUACGAUCAGCAAAGAAGAGCUUUCUUCCAGCGACAGCCUUUCACCAGACCCAUGGAAGAGGGAUGCCAAGGAGAAAUUGGAAAAACAGCAACAAAUGCACAUAGUAAAUAUGCUAAGCAAGGAGAUCAAUGAACUACAAAACAAGACUGAACGAACUGCAGAAGAAAAUGACCGACUGCGCAAACUAAUGCUUGAGUGGCAGUUUCAGAAGCGACUUCAAGAGUCUAAGCAAAAAGAUGAAGAUGACGAUGAUGAUGAUGAUGAAGAUGAUGACGUAGACAUGCUUAUUAUGCAGCGUCUGGAAGCAGAAAGAAAAGCAAGGCAGACUGCUAUGCCAGCAAUCUCUGUUCUAGAUUUGUUACAGGAUGAAGAAAGGAGAAGACAACAACAAUUGGAAGAGAUCCGCAAACGGGAAGCCGAGGAUCGCAUACGACAAGAAGAAGAACGUCGGCGUCAAGAGGAGGACCGAACAAAGCGGGAAGCCGAAGACAAGAGGAGGCAGGAAGAGGAGUACUACAACCGCUUGGAAGCAGAGAGGCGCAGGCAACAUGAGGAGGCAGAGCGGAGAUUACUAGAGCCUGAAGAGCCUGGUCUGUACAGACCUCCACUCCCAAGGGAAUAUGAGCUCCCAUCCCCACCCCUCCUGUCUAACGCUCCGCCUCCCCCACCUCAGCGAAACACUUCUUACCUCAAAACACAAGCUCUGUCACCUGACACCGUUUACACUGCCAAGUUUGUUGCAUACACUGAUGAUGAGGAAGACACAAACCUAGCAGGUCAGGAUAAGUACUCCAGCACAAGAAAGUCUUAUGGUGACCUCCCUCCAGCUUCACAUAAGCCACAGCUGCCUGCUGCACGCCAGCCUCGUCCUGUGUCCGAUGGCAUCUUUCUUUCAAACUCAUUCCAGCCACCUACAGCCAAUGCCAACAGUACUGGUAGCAAAAUGGGCCUGGCCCCUCCCAUAGCAAAUAAGCCAGGUUUUCUUCACCAAAGCAUCUCUAAAGGAUCAAAUUCUUACACUGGAUCAUCAAGUGCGAUAGCUGGGAACAAUGAAGUUUAUAGGGACCCAAGAGACAAGAGAAUGAAAAGCCAAGAUGGAGAUCUUUCUACAAUCGGGGGAGCCCCAGAGAGUGUGACAUUUAAGGAGCGCCAGCGCCUCUUCUCCCAAGGCCAGGAUGUGUCCAACAAAGUUAAAGCUUCUCGCAAACUAAUGGAACUGGAAAAUGAGCUAAAUACAAAAUGAUCCCUGUGUUUUUUACUAUAAGGCAUCUUAUAGUUUAACAAAUAAAUAUAUUCAUAAUCAACGGACUUAAGAGGGUGGGGUGACAAAAGUGUAAAAGGGAGGAAUAUAAAUAUAUAUAUAUAUAUAUAUUUUCUGUAAAGAGUGAUUUUAUUUUGAGACUGUUAAUUCGAAACAUAGAGAUACUGCAAUAACAAGAAUGAUCUAGUUCCUUCCAAACUGUUUUUAAGGUUUGCAAAUCUCAAGUAAUAUUUAUGUGCUUUUCUUGCUAUUAAUCACGUGGACGCAAUAGACAAAUUUCGGAAUCCUGGCACAAGCUGAUAUUGAUUAAAA